GCUUUAUCAUGUGUCAUACUCAAGUAUCACGAAAAUCUUUACGUUGUGACAUAAAUAGCAAAUUUAUACCUUAGAGAUUUUUUGUUAUAUUAUUUUUAUGUUAUUAUAUAUUAAUGCAAAGGUCCACAUUAUGUCUUAGACAAGAAUUUAUUUUAUGGCUUCAUGGGCAAAGAAUCAAAUAACGAAGCAGCUGACAAAAUUUGCAAAGAACCUUGAUCCAAGCUCUAUUAGCUUAAAGUUUUUUAAAGGAGAAGGAGAACUCACUAAUCUUGAACUAGAUGAAAGGGUUCUUUCAGAACUAUUAGAAUUUCCGCCUUGGCUUCAGCUAACUAAAGUUACUUGUAACAAAAUUUCUGCCAAGGUACCUUGGACAAGUUUAAAAUCUGAUCCUAUAAGAUUGCGCUUGGAUUGUGUUGAAGUGCAAAUUGUUGCUUCAGAAACUGCAAGAGAAAAGGUUGCAAACUUGCCAGUUUUUGCUUCAAAUAAUGGCAAACCAUCAAAGUAUGGAUUUACGGAACGUGUUCUUGAUGGAAUGUAUAUUUCCAUUAAUACAGUUUUGGUUGCAUUUACAUCAGCAGGCUUUAAGGCUUCUGUGAAUGUAUCACGUAUUGUCAUUCAAAGCACUACACCUGACUGGCAGCAAGCAAAUAGUUUAAGAUCAACAAGGUUAAAGGAUGAAGUAAGGGGUGAAGUGUUAACUUUCAAAGAAAUAAGAUGGGGAACAAUGAAGGUGGAUGCUGAUGCUUCUUACAAGCCAGAGUCAAAAGAUAUCUUAUCAACACCUCUUCGACUUAUUACUAAUAAUAGUGUCAUUCGGUUGGUUAUUAAGAAAAGGUUAAUAGAUUGUACGAUGAUUGCUUCCAAGUUGGCUAUUAUACUUGAUGAUAUCUUAUGGGUGUUAACACAAUCCCAACUACUUAAGUUUUCUAGUUUUGUACAGUAUCUAUUAAAACUUAGGAGCCAAUUUUUACCAAUUUCACAAGGAAGUAUGCCAAACCCUCAAAGAACUGAAUCUAAUCCAACAUACGCUGAUGGUCAAGCUACCCAUGAUAAUAUUUUUUCUGCCUAUAACCUGACUGAAACUUCUAUACAUUUGCGAACACAUCAAGUAGAUUUGCACUUAUGUGAUGAUUGUAGUUUAAAUGGCAACCAAUCGAAAGAUUCUACUGAUGAGUAUUUUGAUGAAACAGGAGCAGCAUUACAAAUUUCAUUAACAAAUAUUGCUUUAGAUCAUUGUCCUUAUCAUGUUGCUGGUACUCAUAGAAGUGCUGUUAGAAUAGAUGAUCAGGUUGCAUACCAAAGGAAACACUGGGCACAACAACUUUUAACUAACUUUCGGGAAACAGAAGGAAAGAGACGUUUGUCAAGAAAAGAUUCUAUGUUAUCUCAAGGGCCUCAGCGACAAAAAGAAAUUUUGUAUGAAAGUUUUUUUGUUAUUAACUGUUCUGACUUUAAAAUUAUGCAAGUAACAACAAGCAAGACUAUGGAAAACAAACCAUUCUUAUCUUCAGAGAAAGAAGCUUUAUAUUUGCCAAAAGAAAUGCCAGCAAUUUACAUUGAUCAUUCGAUGUAUUAUUAUGCACAGAAUGUGAACUUGCCAGUUCCUUUGGCAAAUAUGUUUAUCUCUUUAAACCCAAUACAACUUACUUUUCAUCCUCUAACAUGUGUUUGGUUGAAUAGAUUUUCUCAAAGCGUCAUUGCCGGUUUGGAUUGGACAAAAGAACUUAUAUCUCGAGAACCUGGAUUUGCUGAGCACAUAGACAUACGCUUAGAAGCAUUAAUGCCAAAGAUUAAUAUACCGCUGAUGGAGUUUCCAGAUCUUUUUCACACUAAUGAACGCCCGAAAAGCAUGCAAAUUCAAAUUUCGCAGGCCAUCGUUUCAAACUGUCGUGUAGGUGAUAAGUGUACGCAACCAGAUAUAUUGAACGAUUUACAAAGUUUUAUUAGUUCGAGGAAUUAUGCUGAUAUGAAUUGUUUUCCUAAUAUGGAAUCUGAUGUUACGCCCCUCUCUAAUUCAACCUGGCUAAAUGAUUACAGCAUUAACUAUUAUCAAUUUCAUAACAUGACUAAAAAUGACAAGAGUGUGUAUGGUCGCCUAAAGCAACAAAACAAUUUGCCUAAGGAGAUAUGGUGUAUCUGGUUUGAUCAGUUUUGGAUAGAGUUUAUUGGAAUCGAGAAAGCUUGUCUUAGGCCGGUUCCUUUUGUACACGCAUUUCCAUUACGGCUUUGGUUUUGCCAAAAUGUAUCGUAUGUUGAAGGUGAUGAGGAAAGUUUGUUACCUAACGAUCAUAAUGGUAUCAAUGUAAAAGAGUCCGAAGACAUGAGGUUUAAAAUUAUGCAAGUAGUAUAUGAGAAUCCUCAUCCGUUUCCAGAGUUAACCCGUAAAGUGAGUUUGUCAAAUGAAGAUGAUUGUCAAAAAAACUCAACAAGCGAAUUUUCAAAAUCUUCGAAUCAAUUCAAAACUCAAAAAGCAACAAAUAUCCAGCAUUUAAAAGUUCAAAAUUAUACAGGUGAGGAUGUUAGACGUUUUGAAGCUUUGCGAAUCAGUCAUUCAGAAAAUGAUUUGUUAACUCUUACAAAUAAGCAUAAUACAAUUGAUACGCUCUCACUAAAUGAAUACAGUGAUGACUAUAAAAAGGAUGUACCUCCUCCUCCAUAUUCCUCUAAAUUUGACGAGGUUUAUCCUCUCUUAAGAAAUAAAAGUACUACUUCCUUACCCCCGGAGUAUUUAGAAUGCGACAAUUUAUCAUCAACCAUAAAAGCACCAGAUAUUAAAUGUGAAAACACAGAAGUUGAAAAUGCAUCCAUCGGAAUACUCUUCUCCUCCUCUAAAGCAAUUAAAGUUCAAAUAGACCAUUUUCAGCUUCUUUUUUUGCUACGUUUAGGCGAUCUGUUUGCAUUAGUAUCAAAACGAAUUGCAUUAGAUAAUCUUCGCUCGAAAAGUAAUACUCAAAAGCCCACUCAGGACUGCGAUAAUGGGCCAAUAAUUUUUAAUGUGUCGGUCCCUAAUGUAGUUUUAGAUCUUGUUCUUUCGCCAUGUAAUGGCAUCGAUCCCAUACAACGUCUUACAUUAUCUGACAGGGUUCGUUAUGAAAAAGAAAAAAAAAACGGUUUAGGUUUAAUUGCUUAUUCGUCAAGCAUUUUACCUCUCAAAAAAAUUGAUGAGUUAAACUCGUUUUCAUCAAAUAGAAAGGAAAAUUCACCGGUCACCGGUCAAAAUGUCGAGUCGCAAGUUUAUUCUGAAUGUUUAAUUUCAAGAAAUGAUAAUAAUUCUAAAAACAAUUUGUUACAAGAAAGUACUUCACUGAUCUCUUGUCAUCCAUCGUCUGAAAAAUUAAAUGUCUCCGAAAAUUAUAAUACGGUAUUCUAUUCUGAUAACCCUGAAUAUUUUCAAAAUAGAAGUGAUGUUCAUUUCGGCGAUGAUGAAUACCAAAAUAUGGUUUUUCAGUCUCAAUUAGUAAAAGAAUUUUGUGAUGUUGGAGUGCAAGUUGGUGACACUUUAAAUGAUUUAACAUCACAAUCACUUAAUCAAUUGAUAUCCGUAUUACGUGUUCGAAUUGGAGGAGUCUCUGUUGGUUUACAAGUUCGCGAAGAUAAAAGCACCGUCAAAGUUGCGGCCGAAACACUAGCAUUAAAUGAACUGGGAAACUUAAACUAUUCACAAAUGUUAGAUUCUCGUGGCAAUUUAGGAGAAGAUCGAUCUGAUAACAAAGAAUCAUUUAGUAUGAAUGCCAUUACGGGCGAGGGAGCUUUGAAAAUACGAAUUACAUCAGGCGCGCAAGUUUCUCCAGGAGAGGAGCAAGAAUUAGGUUAUGCAGAAAUUCGAAUGCAGGCAUUGGUAGCCGCGUUGUUAAUGUCAACGUUAGACAAUCUUGCAGAGUUUGCGGAGGAUGAGUUUAUUCUUUCUCAAAUAACUUUUGAUCUCCAAAUUACUAAUUCAGAUAUCUCUUUAUAUGAUGAUAAACCCCGUCGUUAUUUAUCAGUCGUUAAACCUCCCCCUACCCAAAUUAUAAUUGAUGAAUUGUACAUUUCACGUGAUAAAGACGGUAUACUAACAUUUAACCAUAAACUAAGAAAACAACGCUUAGUUUCUGAAAACAAAAAUAAAAACUUUCAAAAUAUUGACACAACCCACAGUGGUUGUCAAAAUACAGACAUUAACAGCAUAAUUCCUGAUUCUAUAAAUCAACAUGUUGAUGAGCUCAUAGGAGAAAACGCCCGUCUUUUGGACGAUCUUAAAGUAGUUAAUGCAAAAGUUAUUGGACUUAAUAUGGAACGCGAAUCGCUCCUUAAAGUCAUUGACAAGUUGCAACAUGAACUUAUUUAUUCAAACAAAGAAAAUGAUAAUUUACAGCGUCGAGUAAGAUCAGUUAUAGGAAGAAAUAAAGAAAAUUUCGUAUGAUAA